AUGAACUCCGACUCAAUCAAAACGCUUCUUGCGUGGUGCUUCUCUCGCAAAUUCUGGAUUGACCCGCGCAUUCGAAUCGUUUCUGGCUCACAUGGCGUGGCUGUUGUUUCCGAAGACAUUGAAAUUCCCACAGAAACUACUCUCGUGCAUAUUCCGCGUCAAUCGGUUCUCUCUGUGAAAUCCUCUCCCAUAUCGGACCUUAUACCUGCCAGCCCGUACGGACGCGCUGCCCAAUUGUCUCUAGCCUUGGCGCUCUCUGUUGAGAUUGCGAAUGGAGAAACGUCUGCGUGGCAUGGCUAUCUGCAAUCACUGCCUCGAGACCUCCCUGGGCUGUUCUGGGUCGGUGGCGCGGGCGACUUCGACAUGGAACUACUGAAUGGAACAGAGGCAGCGAAACUCUUGGUCAAUUUAGUGGAGGAAGUAGACGAAUACUACGACGAAAUUGCGGCCUCAGUCUUCUCUCAGCUGCCGUUAUCUCCGCCGAGUCUAUCGGAAUUCCGUUUUGCCUACGGUUUGGUCUCCUCGCGUGCCUUUUUGGUGGACUCCUACCAUGGGCUUGCAAUGGUCCCAAUAGCUGAUGCAUUCAACCAUAUUCAGGACAACCAUAUUCACUUGGAGAGUGAUUUCGAUGUGUGUCCUGAAUGUGGCUCACUCAAUCGGUGCCUGCAUGAUGACCAUAACGACUCGAUCGACGAAGAGGCACAGCGCAACGAAGACGACUUUUAUGAGAUGGUCUCCAACAGGACGAUCGGUCCCAACGAGGAAAUAUUCAACACAUAUGGUGACUCUUUGAGCAACGCGCAACUAUUCGUGCAGUACGGAUUCAUCCUGGAUGUCAACGAAAACGAUUGCUUGACUUGGACGGCGACAGACCUGGCGCAAUUUGUGGACUGUGGCCGAAUCGAGACAAUAAUGCCUUCCCUUUCUAUACUGCCUUGGGAAUUGAUAGAGGAAUCCGAAAUGGUAUAUCGGGACGCUCGAUUCUCACUCAACGACGAUGGUUCUAUCUCGCAUUCGCUGUGGCUGGUCUUCGCGUUCCAAGUUAUCAUUCCCACAACUCCCAUAAAUGGUCUUGUGCCACGACUCGAGAACCUGUUUCAGCGCCAAUUAGCGUUGGAACGGUCAAUCACAGAGGGAACGCCACUAAGCCAUGACGACGAAGACGAUGCCAUUCUCAAGCUGGCAGAACUUCUAGCGUCUCUGUGCCGCGCGCGCUAUGAGAGGCUGUCCGCAGGCAACAAAUCAAACGAGGAAUUGGGAGAUCUGCUCGAUACCUUCUCGGAGGGCAGUCCAACGAGAAUGGCUGUGUCGCUCGUUCUAACUGAACGAUCGUUGUUGGACAGUUGCAUGGCGUCGUGGGAGGCGUUGACGCUCGUCUCACCCACCAGCCACAACUACUGA